ACUCGGCGAGUUCGGCGUCGGGGAGAAGGCGCGGCUCCCCUCAGCGUGCCGGCCGUGCUCGGUCGCUCCGGAAAGGCUAGGCUGAGCGAGGAGGAGCAGGCCCGAAGCUUCUAGGGCUUCGGGCCGGGACCCGAGGAGGAUGAGCUGGCUCUUUCCCUUGGCUAAGAGCGCGUCAUCCUCCGCGGCCGGGUCCCCCGCCGGCCUCACGAGUCUCCAGCAGCAGAAGCAGCGGCUGAUCGAGUCGCUCCGGAACUCCCACUCCAGUAUAGCUGAAAUACAAAAAGAUGUAGAAUACAGAUUGCCAUUCACAGUAAACAACCUAACAAUUAACAUUAAUAUAUUACUUCCUCCACAAUUUCCUCAGGAAAAACCAGUGAUUAGUGUUUAUCCACCAAUAAGACAUCACUUAAUGGAUAAUCAAGGAUUGUAUGUUACCUCUCCAUUAGUAAGCAACUUUACAAUGCACUCAGAUCUUGGAAAAAUUAUUCAAAGUCUUUUGGAUGAGUUCUGGAAGAAUCCUCCAGUUUUAGCUCCUACUUCAACAGCAUUUCCGUACCUGUAUAGUAAUCCAGGUGGAAUGCCUCCUUACCCUUCUCAAGGUUUUCCAUUUCUUCCUCCAUAUCCUCCACAAGAAGCUAAUAGGAAUAUCGCAUCUUUGUCUGUAGCUGACACUGUUUCUUCUUCAACCACAAGUUAUACCGCAGCCAAGCCAGUGGCUCCUUCAUUUGGCAUCCUUUCAAGUCUGCCAUUACCUGUUCCCACGACAGAAUCUUCAGCACCGAUUAACCAAAAUGGUUUUGGUUAUAAGAUGCCGGAUAUCCCUGAUGCAUUUCCAGAACUUUCAGAACUAAGUGUGUCACAGCUCACAGACAUGAAUGAACAGGAGGAUGUAUUACUAGAACAGUUCCUGACAUUGCCGCAACUAAAGCAAAUUAUUACUGACAAGGAAGACUUAGUAAAAAGUAUCGAGGAAUUAGCAAGAAAAAAUCUCCUUUUGGAGCAUAGCUUGGAAACCAAAAGGCAGACCGUUUUAGAUAAGUAUGAAUUACUUAUACAAAUGAAAUCUACCUUUGAAAAGAAGAUGCAAAGACAACAUGAACUCAGUGAGAGUUGUAGUGCAAGUGCCCUCCAGGCAAGAUUGAAAGUAGCUGCACAUGAAGCUGAGGAAGAGUCGGAUAACAUUGCUGAGGAGUUCUUGGAGGGAAAAACCGAAAUAGAUGAUUUUCUCAGUAGCUUCAAGGAAAAGAGAACAAUUUGCCACUGUAGAAGAGCUAAAGAAGAGAAGCUUCACCAGGUGAUUGCAAUGCACAGCCAAUUUCAUGCUCCUCUAUAGAUUUUCCUGAAAACAUGAAUCAAGAAAGAAACGGGACACAAAACUAAGCACAUUGUUUGAUAUUUAUGACUUAAGAAUUGGCAUUUCAUGACCAUGGCUGAACUCCAGAUGCACUCUAUAGAUUGUAUACAAGACUGAGACCGAUUUUGUAUAGAUUAGAAUGACUGCUAUAUUUGUUUUGAGAAAUAUUUCUGCACUAUUUGCACUAAAAAUGUUUAUUGUUGACAAAUCCUGUAUUUAAGUUCCUCUACUAUUCCUAAUUAAACAUCUGUGCAUGUGAU